UGGCUGGAUGUUACUGGGUUUCUCUACGAGGGGAAAUAUAUUUCAUAAAAGGCCCAAUGUUCAUGGUCUCCUUUGGUUUGCUGUUGAGCUUUGGAAACCCUGAGGUGUGACCAGUUUUCAGCCUUCAAAACCAAGAUGAACUGCCGUUGAGAGGGAGUUAGUCAGGGAGGAACCAUGCUCACCCUCUCUCUCCUGAGCCGGGGACACGGGAAGUUGGUCCAGAAUAAACAGAAGUUGGAAGUCUAUUUUGAACCCGAGGACUAUUUGAACUGGAAGUCCCCGGAAGACUAUGUCCUGGUCAGUAACCCCCAGGAUGCGGAGGGUGCCAGCCAGCACUCCUGGAGCCUCUUUCUUCCUAAGACCUUCAGCACAAGAAAGGGGGCGCUGAUCCUAUACUCAGAGGGGCUAGCUGUGUCAGCAUGGACACCCAAAGAGAGGAGAAGAGGUCACAGAAAGAAACCGGACCUAGAACUGCACACACUUCAAGACCUCAAAGAAGCCAUUUUGGCAUACGGAAGGAGACAGAGAGAGCAGGACAGAGCCUGGCAACCUUACCUCUACUUCCGAAGCAAGUCCAAGAGCCAGACCCAACGGCAGAUCCAGCCUGGGUAUUCGGCCAAGAGAUACCUCAGAGGCCUUUUGCGGACAUGGUCCCCUGUUACCAUGUACAGGCUCCAGUGUGCAGGACACAUCAAGGAUUCUGUGCUGCUCCAGGACAGUCAGCUUGGGCUACCCAAGAAUCUCAGGCCAUACCAGGAUCUUUCGGGUGUUCCCCCAAACUACCAUCUCCUGCCUGUCUUCCCUUCCUUUUGGAUUCAACAGAGACCAUCUUAUGAACAAGACCAACAGGGCCUGGAUGAAGGGGAAGAUGGGACAAGUGCAUACGUGGACCAGAGCCACAGCCAUCAGUGGACUCACGUGACACCACUCAGGCAGCAGCCACGGCAGGAAGAUGAAACCCGAGCUGAGGACAAAUGGACAGAGAGCCACCUCCCUGUCCGCGCUUCAGAGGAAAGUCACAAUGCAGAGUCUCAGCAAGCCUCCAGGCAGGCCCUUGGGUGUGCCCGCCUUGGUCGCCUUCAGCUUCCUUGUGACAACUCCCUCUUCACGUUCUACGGCGGUGCCUUCCCAGAUAAACAAGGGAACCUGAAACUCCACAAGGCCAGAGGCGGCUGCCUGUCACAGGAACCUCCUGUAGAAAGAAUCCGUUUUCCUCCUAUAGCAUCUGCCACGGGCUCAGAACAAAGAACAUUUGGGGAAACAAAGAAAAAGAAGGCACCAAAGGCACUGAAAUUGCCUCCUGUUUCAGAAGAACCCCCCAGAGUCCUCAACCCCCUGAGGAGCCGAUUUAAGGCCAAUGAACCCCCAAUGGAGCUCUUCAUCAUCCCAAUGGAGAUUCAUUUCCAUGCCCCACAGCCCCCCAAAGAAAAGGCCUGCAGAAGAGCUGCUCAGCACCCUGAAUCAGAUCCAGAACCAGAAGAGGCCACGCCUCUGUGGCGGCCUCCCCUGAAGCGGCUAUACUUAGAAAGGCCAAGGGGAAUCACGGUGCACCUCCCGGUGGCCAGUGGUCAGGACACACCCUCACCUCAAGGAGAUGGUGAUAGCCUGGCUAAGAGCGAGGACCAACCACUGCACCUCCCACCCCCAAAUAAAGGGGGAAAAAGUCCAGAGAUCCGGAAGGAUGUGGACAGCUGCAGGACAUCAGCCUGCAACAGUCCCACAGGCCACUCAAAUGAGGGGGCACUGCCAGCAAGACCAGAAAAUUCCAGAGAUCCCACACUGGGACACUUGGUGGGGAGUCCAGAGGGUGAAAACGUCUGCCUGUCGCUCGAGGGGCUCAUGGGAACAGAGGCGCUUCCGCCGGGACAAGCAAACACUGAAUCCAGAAUCAGUCUUCAUAGAGAUCGUUAUGAAGCCUCCUCACCUUUGACUCAAGCAACAGAGACUCAGGGAGCCCUACAGUCCUUGGAGGCAGCAGCUCAGAAGAUGGGAGAGCCUCAAAGUUGUAUAAAUAAAGGGCCGAUAUGUUCAAACGGAAAAGAAUUUUACACACGCAAGCUGCACAUCGACAUGACGCCGUUCCUGAAGGAACGUGGAGAUGAACCUGACUCUCAUGAAGAACCAGGAGGACCCCAUAGAAGGAAUGAUGAAGACGGCCAAGACCCAGAGCCAAGGAACGUGACCCUGGACCCCCUCAGUACUCCUGUGGCCGAGCACAAGCAGACCUCUGAGGCUGACAACGGGAAAAGCAUGGACAGAGAUUACGAUGUGUACCACCUGCACAGAGGACGUGAGCCUGCCUCCCCAGAGAAGCUGGGUUCUGAGGCUGCAUCUCUUCCUCCAAGGAAGAAAAAUAAGAAAACGGAAGCAAAAUUGUCCAACCAGCAGUCCUCAGCUGCCAUCAGUCACGGAAGGGAUUUGGUUGAGAAGCCUGAGAGGGAGAAAAAAACCAAGACAGACAAGGCCAGAGCCCCCAGAACAGAAAGAGAAGGAAGGACCCUGGGGCAAGCAGAGGCUGCUGGAGGAAAGUCAAAGGAUUCAAAAACUGGAAAGAAAUCAAGGCUAAUUCCAAAAGAAAAGAAACCAGGCACCAAAAUGAAAAGGGCACACAGAGAAAGGGACGUGGAGACGGCAGAAGAGCUGAGUGAGCCUGAUGUCAGUAACGCCAAGGGAGCAGGAGGCACCUCAGAGACAAGGCUCCUCCGCUCACACUCGGCCGCUGAGGACCUGUGGCUUUCUCCUGAAUAUGAUGCUCUGGAGAGCCAGGUUUCUAUAGAUGGGAGACUAUCACCCACACAGGCCAUGGGUGUCGCUACCAACAUGGAAUCUGAGGAAGGGAGAAGCCCUGAAGACCCUUCCAAGGCCCUCCUGGAUAAGAGGCAGCAGGAGAAGGCUUCUCGAGACAGAAUUCGCAUAGAGAGGGCAGAGAUGAGGUGGCUGGAGGUGGAGCGGAGGAGAAGGGAGCAGGAAGAGCUGACCCGGCUCCAUAAGGAGCAGCUGGAGAGAGCAGAGAAGAUGAAGGAGGAGCUGGAACUGGAGCAGCAGAGGCGCAUUGAGGAGAUCCGCCUGAGAAAGCAGAGACUGGAGGAAGAGCGGCAGCGGCAGGAGGAAGCGGAGAGGAAGCGGAGACACCAGCUGCAGGUGGCCCAGGAGAGAGCCCGGCAGCAGCAGGAGGAGCUCCGGAGGACAAUGCAAGAACUGCAGAGAAAAAAGCAGCAGGAGGAGUUGGAGAGGGCUGAGGCCGAGAAGCAAAGGCAGAAGGAAGUGGAAAUGCAGUUAGCAGAGGAACAGAAACGCCUGAUGGAAAUGGCAGAGGAAGAGCGGCUGGAGUACCAGAGGCAGAAACAAGAAGCAGAAGAGAAGGCUAGGCGAGAGGCUGAGGCACGGAGGCAACAGGAAGAGGAAGCAGCAAGGCUGGCGCUGGAGGAAGCCAUGAAGCUUGCCCAGGAGCAAGCCAGGCAAAAAGCUGCUUUGGAGAAACACCUUCAUUUUCAUCAAGAACUCUUAAAGGAAGCCAGUGGUCUACAGUGGACACAGAGCAUUUCCAGACCGUGGGUCUACUCAUACUUCCAGUUCCUACAAAUCCCCAAGCCAUAAGGCUAGAAGAAAGCACAAAAGUUGUUGCAAUAGGCAUUGGACCCAUUACCCUUAGGACACCUAUGGUAGAGAAACGACUCCCACAUAUGCA